AUGGUCUCCCUCUACGUGCACCUGAUCCAAGCCAAGAAGAAACCUACUCCAGUGAAGUAUGAAGUUGGGGAUCUUGUUUGGGCCAAGUUCAACAGACGCCCAUGGUGGCCAUGCACAAUUUGUCAUGACCCAGUGCUGGACUGUCACUCAAAAAUGAAAGUUUCCAAUCGGAGACCUUACCGGGAGUACUAUGUGGAUGCCUUAGGAGAACCUUCAGAGAAAACCUGGGUUGCUGGGAAAGCUAUUGUCCUCUUUGAAGGAAGACAUCAGUUUGAAGAGCUGCCUGUUCUCCGGAGAAGAGGAAAGCAAAAGGAAAAAGGCUACAAACAUAAGGUUCCCCAAAGAUUUAUGGCUAAAUGGGAAGUCAGUGUUGGACAGGCAGAAGACAUUCUUCUCGGGGGGCCAGAGGAUCAAAAGUGCAGCCAGAACUCCAGCGAGCUGGACAGCGGGAAGGAAGUGCAGGCAGAAUACUAUGCCAAUGGCCCUGGAGCAGAAACGGACAGGCAGCUGAAUGGCUGUUUUAAAUCCUUGGCGUUUGACUCCAGACACCUGGCCAGUGAAAAAGGAAAAUUGCACAUCAAGCCACAUGUGAAAAAGAGCUCUGACAGCAGAAAAAGGACUAGAGUAAAAAAGAGUGGCGCAAGAGGGGAAGCAUCUAGGAGAGAAAUCAAAGAAAAAACACCAGAGAGCAUAGUUAGAAACAUGAUUGUUGGGGACCUACCAGAUAAACACGCGUCUCAUGAACUUCGCCGGAUUGCCAACAGCCUAACAGCAUCCAAUAGCACCAGGGAAAACCAUUUGCUUUCCAACUUUGGAGAAAGACGUUUUGAAAAGACAGCUUUGAAACCAGACUAUGAGAAUCAUAAGAGUGAUGCUCUGAAGAAUGCUCUCCAAGGGGAUUUGUUUUCCAGUGCAUCUUUGGAGAGAGAGAAGAGCUCCCUGGGCAUUUUGUGCAGUUCCAAAUUACAAAUACACUAUUCUGCAUCUGAUGCUGGUAUUGAGAAAAAGCAAACUGAAUCAGAUUCAUCCUCUUCCCUCUCAGAUGGUGGGAACAGUGAUGUAGAUGCCAUGGACCAAAGCUCAGAGAGAGCCUCUAGUGCUCUUGAAGUUAGUGAUUCUUCAGAUAAAGUGGAGAAGGAAUUUCCUAUGACGUCAAGUGGAAACAUUAAGCUUUCCAUGUAUCUUUCUCGGAAGAAGGCCAGGAAGAAGUCAUACAGGGAUCGCAAACCUCUGGGAGGUUCAGUAACCAACAGACUUGAUACUGAAUUUGCAGAUCGUGCGCUUGAAGUAGGCUUCGCUGAUGCCGAGAUGUCAUUGACAGCUCUUCAGUGCUCUCCAGAUGUGAGAAAAGACAAUCUUAAAAACAAGCACACUACUCCCCAAAGUGUUUCCAAGGACAGCUCCUGGCCUGCUGUUGCAAAUCAAGCAAUCUUAAAACCGAAAAGCAUGAGAUUGCCCCGAAUCAGGAGUAUAAAAUGCAAACAUAAAGAAAAAGUUUCUGGAUUGGAGCCUUCUGUUGCAGAAGAGGAGGGUGGCGUGAAUCGCUGCUCUUCUGAUACCAAAGGUUUCUCUGGCCUUCAGAGAGAUUCUCUUCAGAGAAGUGGAAAAGUUGAUGGUCAGAAACUGUUAAACAACAUGCAUGAGAAAACCAGGGAUUCUGCUGAAAUCGAAACGGCUGUGGUGAAACAAGUCUUGUCGGAGCUGAAGGAGCUGUCUUACCGGUCCAUGAAUGAUGAUGCGAGUGACUCCAGCACUCCAAAGGCCACAGUACCUUUACUCUUCUCUUCCGCCUCUGGUCACGGUCGUUUGCCUAUUGAGCCAGAUUACAAAUUCAGCACCUUGUUAAUGAUGUUGAAGGAUAUGCAUGACAGUAAGACAAAAGAGCAGCAACUGAUGACUGGUCAAAAUAUAGUCCCAUUUCGAAAUACCAGCACAGCUGAUGGUUCUGCAAGCAGUUCUGCAAGUGGUCUGAAGUCCUUGUCUAUUGUAGGUCCCCCAUAUAAAAUAGAAAAAAAUGGAGAUUGUGUCCAAGAAACAGUAAAUCCAAACUCCGCUAUAAGCAACUCCUCAUUUUCAUGCAAUCCUCCAACCAAGUUGACGGGGAUUGGUACUAGUAAAAGGGAGCCCACGAGUACUGCUGUUUCUGGGACAAAUGGCACAAAUUGCGUGUCCAAACGCAACUGUUCAAAAUCUAAGCAGUCAUCAAAGCUUGGAGAUAAAACAGUUUCAAACAGAAAGGACUUAAAACCAGGAGGGCCAAUGCAUUCAGAGAGGAAGCGCCUUAGAAAGCCAAGUAAACGGCUUCUGGAGUAUGCAGAAGAAUAUGAUCACUUAUUUGCACCCAAGAAAAAAUCAAAGAAGGGCCAGGAGCAAUUGCAAAAGGUGAAUUCCGUGGCAAGGUCUGAAUUUGAAGGUCUUCCUGCGCAAUGCAGUCCUGACAGAGAUACUCAGCGGGGGCCGAGUCCUUUGGUUUCAACUCCAUCUUCAACCAAAGAGUCCCCUCCCAUCCUUGAGGCAGAGUGCUCCCUCUCAGAACUAGGAACCCAUUCCACUGAUCAACUUCUAGGAGGACCUUCAGAUUUUCCAGAGCUGGUGCUGUCUUCCUCCGAUGUUUCUGAAGUUUCUGCUUCUCCAGAUGCAGAAGAGAGAUUCUUGAAAUCAGGAAACUUCGAAACCAAGCGUCAAAGGAAGCCCACUAAAAAGCUCUUGGAAUCCAAUGACUUGGACACUGCCUUUAUGCCAAAGAAGGAGGAGUGGACUCCUCCAAAGAAGGGCGCUGGCCCUUCAGAGAGCGACAGCUCUGAGCUCUACUCACCAGCCCACUUCCCAGACCUGGGAGAAGCUUCUGAAAAGCUCUUGGAGAAGCAGCGGAAGCGGAAGAGGCCACGCCAUCCCCCUGCUGCAAUACAUUCCAAGAAGGAGAAAAAUGAGGAGGGGCUGGGGGAGACUCCACACUCUGAGGGGGAGACAUCGGUUCAUGGGACUGCUACAAGCCCCAAAGAGGGAAAUGAAGAGGGGUCAGAGAAUGACCAUGGAGUGCCUUCAUCCAAAAAGGUGCAGGGGGAGCGUGGAGGAGGAGCAGCUCUCAAGGAGAACGUGUGUCAGAUCUGCGAGAAGCCAGGGGAGUUGUUGCUGUGUGAGGCGCAGUGCUGUGGUGCUUUCCACCUGCAGUGCCUUGGGCUCUCAGAGAUGCCAAAGGGCAAAUUCAUCUGCAAUGAGUGUUCCACAGGGGUCCAUACCUGCUUUGUGUGCAAGAGCUGCGGGGAAGAUGUAAAACGGUGCUUGCUGCCCCUCUGUGGGAAGUAUUACCAUGAAGCAUGCAUACAAAAGUAUCCGCCCACAGUCAUGCAGAACAAGGGCUUCCGAUGCUCCCUGCACAUAUGCAUGACUUGUCAUGCUGCUAACCCAGCAAACAUCUCUGCGUCUAAAGGUCGCUUGAUGCGCUGUGUGCGAUGCCCGGUUGCGUACCACUCCAAUGACUUCUGCCUCGCUGCUGGGUCCGUGGUCCUCGCCUCCAACAGCAUCAUCUGCCCAAAUCACUUCACUGCACGGAGGGGCUGCCGCAACCACGAGCACGUCAAUGUCAGCUGGUGCUUUGUCUGCUCAGAAGGGGGCAGCCUUUUAUGCUGCGAGUCGUGCCCGGCUGCGUUUCACCGUGAGUGUCUAAACAUUGAGAUGCCAGAGGGAAGCUGGUAUUGUAAUGAUUGCAAGGCAGGCAAAAAGCCACACUACAAGGAAGUAGUCUGGGUGAAAGUUGGGCGCUACAGAUGGUGGCCAGCUGAGAUUUGCCAUCCUAGGACAAUUCCUGUUAACAUCCAGAAAAUGAAACAUGACAUCGGUGAGUUCCCUGUGCUGUUCUUUGGCUCCAAGGAUUACCUGUGGACCCACCAGGCCCGUGUGUUCCCUUACAUGGAAGGCGACGUCAGCAGCAAAGACAAGAUGGGGAAGGGCGUAGAUGGCAUAUACAAGAAAGCUCUUCAGGAAGCUGCAGUAAGAUUUGAAGAGUUGAAGGCCCAGAAAGAACUGAGACAGCUUCAGGAAGACAAAAAGAAUGACAAGAAGCCUCCUCCCUACAAACACAUCAAGGUGAACCGGCCGGUGGGUAAGGUGCAGAUCUUCACUGCAGACCUCUCAGAGAUACCGCGUUGCAACUGCAAACCAACAGAUGAAAACCCAUGCGGCCUGGACUCUGAAUGCAUCAAUCGCAUGUUGCUCUAUGAGUGCCACCCCAUGGUCUGCCCUGCUGGGGAGCGCUGCCAAAACCAGUGCUUCUCCAAGCGACAGUAUCCCGAGGUACAGAUUUUCCGCACGCUGGCACGAGGCUGGGGCUUGCAAGCCAAAACAGACAUCAGAAAGGGUGAAUUUGUUAAUGAGUACGUUGGGGAGCUAAUUGAUGAAGAGGAGUGCCGAGCCCGAAUCCGCUAUGCUCAAGAGCAUGACAUCACCAAUUUCUACAUGUUGACACUAGAUAAGGAUCGAAUCAUUGAUGCUGGGCCAAAGGGCAAUUAUGCUCGGUUCAUGAACCAUUGCUGCCAGCCAAACUGUGAGACCCAGAAGUGGUGUGUGAACGGCGACACUCGCGUCGGGCUCUUCGCAAUUGUAAAUAUCAAAGCUGGGACUGAGCUGACUUUCAACUACAAUCUGGAGUGUUUGGGAAACGGAAAGACUGUUUGUAAAUGUGGUGCCCCAAAUUGCAGUGGCUUCCUAGGAGUGCGCCCAAAGAGCCAACCCAACCUCACGGAGGAAAAGUCCAAGAAGUUAAAGAGACGGCCGCAGGUGAAGCGCAGGUCGCAGGCGGAGGUGAUGAAGGAACGAGAAGACGAGUGUUUCAGCUGUGGGGAUGGAGGGCAGCUAGUUUCUUGUAAGAAGCCAGGCUGCCCCAAGGUGUACCACGCGGACUGCCUCAACCUGACCAAGAGACCUGCAGGAAAAUGGGAGUGCCCAUGGCAUCAGUGUGAUAUGUGUGGUAAGGAAGCAGCUUCCUUCUGCGAGAUGUGCCCCAGGUCCUUCUGCAAGCAGCACCGGGAAGGCAUGCUCUUCAUCUCCAAGCUGGAUGGGCGUUUAAGCUGCACAGAGCACGAUCCCUGUGGGCCUAACCCUCUAGAGCCGGGAGAAAUCCGUGAGUAUGUGCCUCCCAUAGACGCCCUGCCUGACAGCGAGGACACCCAGCCACCAGAGCAGCCACCGGCAGACACAGACCUGAGCGUUCAGCCUCUGGACAACCUACCUCAGUCUGUGGCCCUCAGACUGCAGUCACCAGAAAAACCCCCUGCUACCUUAGCGCUGAGGCUCACCCUGGCUCUCAGGCUGCCUCCACCAGACAAACCACCCGCCACCCUGGCACUGAGACUGCCACCAUCAAAUAAACCCCCCACCACCUUGUCACUGAGGCUGAAGCCAUCCAAUAAACCCCCCACCACCCUUUCGCUCCGGCUGCAGCCUUCAGACAAACCUCCCACCACCCUGUCGCUCCGCCUGCAGCCGGCAGACAGGCCCCAGGCUGCCCUGUCCCUAAGGCUGCAGUCAGAGAAGCAACCCAUCAUCUUAGCGCUGAGGCCUCAGCAGCCUGACAAACCUCCCAACAACGCGGUGCUGUGGCCACUGGACGAGUCCUUCAGUGAUCCCUCACAGCCUCAUCUGCCGAGCAAAUCUCCUCCAGGAACUCCACAGUCGUCAGAUGAGUCGCUUGUUACUGCUGGUGCCCUGCAGCUCCAGCUGUCGGAUGAGCCUCCUGCUGCCCCCGAGGUUUUGGGGUUAUCAGACGAGUCUCUCAUUGACACCAGGACCCAGCAGCCUGAGCUACUGGAUGAGUUCCCAACGAAAUGCCUGCAUCCUCAACUGUCGGACAGACUUCUCACCGUGGCGGGGACGCUGCAGUCCCAGCCAGAGGAUGAGCCUCCUGUGGAUCAGCCUCAGCCAUCGGACAAAGCUUCUGCCCAGAGUCUGCAGCUUCUGUCUGUGGAAAAGGCUCCCAGCUCCCUGGUGCCGCAGGUCACAGCAUUGGAGAUGGCUCCCAGUCCUGGGGUGCUGUGGCCUCUGCCCAUUGAAAAUGUCCCCAAUUCCCCAGUCCUACAAAUCCUGCACGUGGAGAAGGCUCCUGGAUCGGCCGUGCCACGGCCCCCACCUCUGGAGAAGGCUUCCUUCUCUGGGGCAGUGCGGGAGAGUGCUCCCAGCCCUGGGGCACCCCAUCCCCUGCUUCUGGAGAAGGCUCCUGCCCCAGGGAUGCCACGGAUCCUGCCUGCAGAGAAGGCUCCCAGCUUAGGGACACCACGACCCCUGCCUCCAGAGAAGGCUCCUGGCUCCCGGUCACCGCAUGUCCUGCCCGUGGAGAAGGCUCUGGGCUUGGGGGCCCUGCGGAUCCCACUCCUGCAGAAGGCUCUUGCCCCUGGGGUGCUGCGGCCCCUGCCUCCGGAGAAGGCAGCUGACUCCGGGGCCCUGCGCGCCCUGCCUCUGGAGAAGGCUCUGGGCUCCGGGGUGGCUCGACCUCAGCUCUUGGAGAGGCCUCUCACUCUUACAGCCCCGUGGCCUCAGGUGUCGGACAAGCUGGCUGCUGCCGUGGCUCCUCCGCCUCAAGGCUUGGACAAACCUCCGGGCGCGAGGCUGUUGCUGUCGGAGAAGGCGCUGCGGCCUGUCGACCAGAACGCGCAGCCGAAGGAGAGAGGAGCCCCGGCCGUGGAGCUGAACCCCCAGCAGAAAGAAAGGACCAUGUUAGCUGGUGAGCAAAUCUCUUGGUCUGCUGGGAAAGCAGUGAUGCAUGUUGGACAGGUACCUUGGCCUGCGGAGAAACUACAGACGCAUGAGCAAACCCACUGGCCUGCUGCAAAAGCCUUCAUGCCUGCAGAGCAGUCUCCCCGGACCGCAGAGAAACUCCCCGAGCCGCCCCUUCAGCCCAUCUGGGAAGUGGCCUCAGCCCCCGCAGAGCAAACCCCUUGGACAUCAGAGAGAUUGUGUGCAUUUGAGCAGACCCCUCGGCCAGCCAGGGAAGCGCCCGUGCCCCCGGAGCAGAUGCAGUGGGUUGUCACAAACACUCAGACAAUUGACCAGAUUUCUUGGCUGAGUGGAAAAGUACAGACUCCUCGGGGGCAGGACCCUUUGCCUGAACAAAACACUGCGCUAGCCCGUAACCAGGAUUCUGUCUGUCAUGAGUUGGCCGACACAGAGCCAAAGUGA